ACUUUUUAUACGGCAGUGUGGGCUUGGCCGAUGAGGUGAGCAGGCGCGCGUGUCAAACAUCCUACAAAUAAAAUUAUGCCGAAGUGCCUAAGGACAUAGUGAAUUUAGCUAGUCAAUAUUAUUGGUGUUUAUCGAACGUUGUUACGCGGCAGAGUGACGUGGUUUUGCGAGAGACUUCGAACGUUGGUUCAGUGUGGUCGUCAGUGAUGGUGAUGGCCAGCGGCGGUGGUGGAGGGCUGAUACAGUCCCCACCCGACAUGAUGCACCAUCACAAUAUCAUGGACACUUCAUCUCACGUUGAAAUGAUGCCAAAAAAGCUCCGGCUCUCGUUGUGCGUCGGCUGCGGAGGUCAGAUCCACGACCAGUACAUCCUCCGGGUGGCCCCUGACUUGGAGUGGCACGCGGCCUGCCUAAAGUGUCAGGAAUGCCGGCAGUUCCUCGACGAAUCCUGCACGUGCUUCGUUAGAGACGGAAAGACUUAUUGCAAAAGAGAUUAUACUAGAUUAUUCGGCACGAAAUGCGACAAAUGCGGCGCGUCCUUCAGUAAAAACGACUUCGUGAUGCGUGCCAAGACGAAGAUAUACCACAUAGAUUGUUUUAGAUGCUGCGCUUGUGCCCGACAACUUAUACCUGGUGACGAAUUCGCGUUGCGAGAAGGCGGAGCGCUCUAUUGUAGAGAAGAUCACGAUGUUUUAGAAAAGAGCGCGAACACGAGCGGCGGGAGUAGUAAUAAUGCCGAGAGCAACAAUAAUACGACGCUAAGUAACAAUAACUCGCAUCAUCCCCAUGAGCUGGGGUCUAUGUCAGAUUCUGGGAGCGAAUCCGGCUCUCACAAGAGUGGUCGGGCGCGGACCACAGCGGCGGCCGACGGUAAGCCGACCCGAGUCCGGACCGUGCUGAAUGAAAAGCAACUGCACACGUUACGGACUUGCUACGCCGCCAACCCACGUCCGGACGCACUGAUGAAGGAGCAGCUCGUGGAGAUGACCGGCCUCAGUCCAAGGGUCAUCAGGGUCUGGUUCCAGAACAAACGGUGCAAAGACAAAAAAAAGACGUUGCAGCUCAAAAUGCAGAUGCAACAAGAGAAGGAGGGUCGGCGGCUGGGCUACAUGUCUGUGGGCGUGCCGCUGGUGGCGGGCGCGCCCGUGCGGCACGAGGCCGGCGGCGCGCUGGAGGUGAGCUCGUACCAGCCGCCCUGGAAGGCGCUGUCCGACUUCGCGCUGCACGCAGACCUGGACCGCGCGCCGCACCACUCAGCCGCCUUCCAGCACCUUGUCAACCAGAUGCACGGGUACGACGUGCCCCCCCUGCCGGCGCCGCGCGGUCCCCCCGGGGGCGAGGACCAUUACGUCACGUACCUGGAGAGCGACGACAGCCUCCCCCCCUCCCCCUAGUGCCGCCUCACCUAGUCCCCCACCGGGACCGGGACACGGACUUUACUCGCGUUCAUUGAACUUUCAAAUGUUUUGGUGCUUGAAGAACCUCCUUCUGCGGUGAACGCGUUCGAUACCAUCACGUGGUGCUGCUGAUAUUACUUGGUGAUCUUCUCAACGACAAUAUUUCGUCUGGCAACUCUGUAGACAAGUUCGAAUGUGCCCUUAUUAAAGUUACAAAAGUGUUGUUCAAUGUGCUUAGUGAAAGUUUCUUAACGUUCUCGAUAACGUAAAAGUUAACUCAAAUUUCUAUGGAGUUGGAACAGCGCCCCUAGCGGCAAACGUAGGCAAACAUUCGAACUCCACACAAAUUUGAGUUAACUUAUACGUUAUCGAGAACGUUAAAAAAUUCGCACUUAGUACACAGAUUGUGCAAACGUUGUCACCUAUCAUUUGUUCAGGGUGACCAGGUUUUGAUAUUGUUUCUGGUAUAUAUUUACAGCUAUCUUUGAUUGGAAGCCCACAAUUUGUGUCCCGUGAGAAGAUGAAGUAUAAAUUGUAAUAAAUGAGCGCGAGAUAUAAGUAUAAUGAUUACAACACGUAACUAAGUUAUAAAUAAGGCAUAUCUUAAAGAAUAAAAAUGUACAUUAUAACGUAAACGUAUGCUUAGUUAAUUGUGGCCGUUUUCCAAAUUACAACACAAGAGCGCAUUAUGCGGCAUAAUGCUCAACUAAGCUUCAGCAUAAUUCGGCAUUGUGCGUCACUGAGUCGCAUUAUGCUCUGUAAUUAAUCAUUACUUAAUGGUAGUUUUCCAAUCCGCAUAAUGCGCUCUUGUGCUGUAAUUGGAAAACGGCCUGUUUGUGCGGUGCGCUGUCGGGCAGAUGGUCCUUCGAACAAUCUAGUACAAAAACUUAUGAACGAGAUCCGAGUUUGUUAGUUUCAAAAGUGAAAUUCACUCGUAACUGAGGAAUUGAACCCGGUAUGAACAAUCUUGUUGUAUUUGAGAGAUUUGAGCUUACGAGACGACAAGAUGAGAUAAGCUUUAAACAAAAUUAAAUUGCAGAAGCGCAUGCAAUCAUUCCUGCGGGAAAUACUUACUUGGCGAUCGAAAUUUUAAUACGUGCAAGUUUAUUUAAAACUUAUGGAGGGUAGGCACAGCUGCCAUAAGUGCCAUACCUACUUUUUUAUUACCUACCUAUUCGUAAAUAGCCUUAUGGGCCAUUCCAGCUACGUUGGACGGGUAGAUGAGCUCACGGGCUCAACUUGAGAGGAUUUGCUAACACUAGCCCUAGCAAGAGCAGUGUUUUGAAGAAUUUACCACCGGAUCAAAAUUGCGACCCACUGAGAAGAUCCGGCGAGAAACUCAGUCAGAGACCUUAGAACUCAUAUGUGGUGGCUGGCGCAUUUACGUUGUAGAUGUCUAUGGGCUCCGGUAACCAUUUAACACCAGGUGGGCCGUGAGCUCAUCCACCCAUCAAAGUAAAAAAAAACUCAUCAAAACAACGCCAUCAUAGCACGUGGCAAUAUGAAUGUAGCAGUUGUAAACGUAGUAAAGUGUGCCGAACUGAUAAUUCUAAUACAAUAACUUUUGGCGCCAUCUUUGGAACUUGUUACGGUGGUGCCACAAUAAUUGGCCAUUUUUCAACGGAUACUCUUCAUUACAUAGUAAAAUACUAAAAAUACACACAAAAAUAUCAGUAGUUGCUCACGUGGAAGACAGAUGGCGCUACAUUCGUACGUAAUCGCAAAAUUUGCCGCGCUUUUGAAACUAACCCACUUCUAUCUUUAACGGCCUUAAUACGGUUCGUUUUAUGUGAUGUUUACCAUGGCUUUUCGUUUAAUGAUUAAUUUACCGUAUUUUUAUAGAUCUGUUAGGGAAUGUAUAUAAACGUGUGUAAAUAAUAUUGUAUAAAAACUAACUGUAAAAUAUGUUUUAGUUGUUUUAAUGUAGUGAAAUAUAAUGCCUUGGAUUCUAUUUGAUAAAUAACGAUUAAUACAAUGAUGUAAUCUGUGGUCACUGACAUUGUUAACAUUUUCUACACAAUGUUUACCUCACAGCUCUAUUCUUUUUUUGUUUUGUUGGUGUAUUAUUUGCAUUAUUUAAUGAACAACACUUAAUCGAUUCGUAUAAUUUUACAUCUUUUCACGAGUGACAGUGUCCAAAACAAUAGUUUUGACAAUAUCCGAGGUGAUAACUUUUUUGUGCUUACACCGAUAUCUAAGUAUGUAUGAUACAUAAGAUUUUAAAUCAAUAAUUAUCAUUUAACAUCUAAGAAUAUGUUUCAUUAAGCGAUCGAGUUUAAAAAGUUUUCUUAUAAAGAAUACCGAACCAGUUUUAUGUUAAUGUCACACAGCACCUUUACAUUGUAUAAUCUGUUUUGAAACUUGAUCAAGUGAAAACGAUCUUCAAUGUCUCAGAACUUCGUCAGACUAAGUCAUUCAAGUGGGUAUAACACUAAUGAAUCAUCCUCUUUUGCUAAAUGAUCUAACAAAUGAAAAUUUCGGUGUAAUGCGAUUAAAAGUUUUCAACAAGACCAAAUAUAAUGAUAUGAUACACAAUUUUGUAAACAUCACAUCCCUAUUUCUUUAUUACUUCUAGCAACCUUUUGUACAAAAGUCAAAUGUCAGAUCUCAAUUAUUGUUUCAAUGUCAAACUCUCUUCUUUUUUGCCAAUCACUAGAACAAUGCAAGGCUGCAACAAACAAAAGUUAUUGUUACAAAUACCCUCUGGAUUAUGUAUGUAUCACAAUGUUAAUUUAUUGUAGUUAGUUAUAAAAUACACUGUGCUUAGUAUUGUGAGCAUAUUAAAUAUUAAAUACAUA